CAAACUCUUAUCCAGGAAGUAACUGAGCUCUGUAACUGUCGGCAGGUAAAUGAUUCGGUUGUGGCUCUGCGGCACUAAAACUACCCGGGUUAAACUGUCGGUUUUAUUCCGUAGAAACAUGUCGGUACCGUCCGGUGGGAGUGACGGUAACAGCAACCGGUCUAUUCACUCGGACAGCGUCGCGGAGGUACACAACAUCCCAAUGCGCGUCAUCAUCCGACCGAUCCCUCCGCAGCUGGACGAGCAGAAGGUCCAGAGUCUGGUGGAGACCCUACAGCAGACGGCGGACAUCAGCGUUGUUCCUCCCAUCGACGUGCUGUGGAUCAGAGGCAGGGAGGGGGGGGACUACUUUUACUCGUUCGGAGGCUGUCACCGUUUUGCUGCCUAUCAGAGGCUGAACAUGGACACCAUCCCCGCAAAACUCAUCAAAUCCAACGUCUCUGACCUCAGCACCUACCUGGGAGCCUCCACACCUGACCUGAGAUGACCUGAGAGGACCUGAGAGGACCUGAGAGGACCUGAGAGGACCUGAGAGGACCUGAGAGCGUUAAAGUACGCACAUCCUUCACUCAAGUAGAAGUACAGAUACUGGUGUUUAAAAAUACUCUGGUGAAAGUAGAAGUACUGACUAAACUUCUUUACUCAAGUCAAAGUAAAGAGGCGUUGAAAUGUACUUCAGUAAAAAGUACCCAUAACUAGCAGCUGUUUUAAAGAGUACCUGACCUCCCUUUAUAUUAAUAGAACAAUAAUGUCAUUGUUAGCUAAUGAAUGUUUCCAUGCUGAACAACGGCA